AUGUCCUUACAAGAAACCCUUUCCAAACACAACGAUUCCGAAGAGUCGUUGAUCUCACAGUUUGAAACAACCCUUACAAUCAGACCCACAGCCAACGAUGACGAUGAAGUCAAAGAUAUCACCAUUGACCAAUCUACAGUUCUUCACAAUAACACAUUCAACUAUACACGCGACCAGAGCAUAGUUGAUAUUGAUGAGUUGGAAGAGGAGGAAUUGAUCCUGGAACAAAUCCCCAAGUUCAAGACUAGAAGAAGGUAUUCGUUGUUACCGGCACAUGCGACAAAAAUCACCACCAAAAACCCGGGUGGCCUAGACGGAUACUACAGCCAUAUUGGCCCCAAGUUUGAGCACAUAUUGAAGCCGUCACCUCUUAUAGAUCAAUCAUUAUCUAACGAUUCUGAUAAAACUUUGGUUAUUUUGUCGCCUUACUCAACUGAACAUGCCUUUGGUAGAAAAUGGGUUACGAAGUCCUAUUUAUCGACUAUUUUUGAAAGACCUCAGAGACUCUUGGCUUCUUGCAUAGGGGUAGCUUCAGCAUUGACCAUGUUUCCUUUUCACUACAAGCUCAUCAAUUCCACUAGAAGAGGGUCGAUCUUCGCUAGUCACGUUCGUAAAAUUCAUGGCAAAAAUUGGCCCCGUAAGCUUUUUGAACUCUGUAUCGAGUCGCAUGACAAAUUAUUGAACGAUACUUUGGAGGUGCCGGAAGAUUGGAACUCAGGGGAUAUUUAUGUGAAUCCGAGGACCCUUAACGCCAUCGAAGGCGUUAUUGGAACUAUUGAAACAGCCGUAGACUCGCUUUAUGGUGGAACUAAUGCUGAGGAUGUGGAAGACAACCACAACCUAGCAUUUGUAGUCAUAAGACCACCAGGACACCACUCACAUGCAUGUCUUCCCAGUGGGUUCUGUUUGUUGAACAAUGUUCAAAUUGGUAUAGAGUAUGCCUUUGAACGUUACGGAGUCACACAUUGUGUGAUUCUCGACAUCGACUUACACCACGGAGAUGGUUCUCAGGAUAUUUGCUGGGAAAGAGCUGGAUUCCAAGGCGAUUACGGACAGGACGAAGAUGACGAGAUCGAUCCCAAGUCAAAUCCUAGAGAUGACUACGGAAAACGGUUCGCUACGUUUCCAAAAGUAGGCUAUUUUUCGUUGCAUGACAUCAAGUCAUAUCCCACUGAGUUGGGAUAUGCUACCAAAGAAAACAUCAAGAACGCUUCUACUUGUAUCAUGGACCACGACUUGAAUAUUUGGAAUGUCCAUUUACAGGAGUGGAGCAAGGAAGAGGAAUUCUACAAGCAUUAUCAAACCAAGUAUGUGGCACUUCUUAAUCGAGCAAACCAGUUCUUGAACACAGCUAAGAAACAAUACGAGCAACAGUAUCAAGAUUACUUGAACAACCUAGCCAAAUACAACAAGUUCUUGCUUAAGCCCCAUUUGUACCAGGGACAAUCGCUUGAGAAGCCCGUAGCACCACCGCCCUUCAAGCCGUUGAUUACAAUUUCUGCUGGUUUUGAUGCUCUGGAGUAUGAGAAUCCCCAGAUGCAGCGACAUGGAAUCAAUGUUCCCACGUCGUUUUAUGCUACUUUUACUCACGAUGUUGUUAAAUUAGCGAAGAUCCAUACGGAUGGUAGAGUGAUUUCCUUUUUAGAAGGAGGUUACUCUGAUGGUGCCUUGACUACCGGUAUUUUCUCGCAUUUAAUUGGAUUGAACAACGACGAAGAGUUCUUGUGGAAUCCAACAUGGGGAACAGACCAGGUGAUGAAGGAGUUGACAAAAGGGUGUAAAAAGAACUGGGCUCCUUACAAGAAACCACAGAGCGAUAUUACUAUCUGGGCCAACGAAGUAAUCAAGCUUGGCCGGGCUAUGAUGCCCAACGCCAUUCUUCCAAGCAACUAUGUGUACCAAUACCAAGAGGAAGAGUUGAAGGCACCGGUGAACAAAAUGGUGAAGGAGUUGAUUGCUCACAACGUGAACUUGGGAGAAAUUUCCAACAGUCCGUUGAAGAAGGAUCCCGAAGACGAGCGCAAGGUCAUGAGACAUACGAGAUCAUACUACAAGAAGAUGGCCAAUGCCCAAAAGCAGCAGUCGAUAGAAACUGACUCGGCCAAGCAUAACCUUCCCAAAUACUGA